AUGACGACCUACGCUGAUACUGGCUGGAUUCAGCCUGUGGAUGUUUCCGGAUCGAUCCCCGCGAAGAAACGCCGGAACCGUCAGUCUGGCACCGCAUGGACUCGCUCGGGUUGUAUCACUUGCAAAAGGCGUCGUAAAGGUUGCGACAAGGCCAAGCCGAGCUGCAAUAAUUGUGUCAAACAAGGCCGGACAUGCGAGGGCUAUGGAGAUCUCUGGGUACAGCCGUUGGGCCCGUCUGCGCUAGUCUUCAAACAACCGCAGCCAGACGGAUCGAAGCGACGACGACUGAGCAUUGCGACCCCAACACAGUUACUGUCACCAGCACCAUCACCGGGCUCUGAAUCACGGUUUCAGGUACAGCCAUCGCCUAGCGUCGUCUCUCCAAGCUUGUCAGCGCUAUCUUCGCCACGACGGCAAAUCAUCGACCUCGAAGAUGAAGACUCGAUUCGUGAUCAGGGCGUAGAUAGCCCCAAGCCUGCUUCUACUUUCACGCAGUUGGAUAUAUUAGCAGACAUUCCACCAUCGCACAGCUUCAUCAGUCACCUUGGCGAUAGCGAAACGCACUAUCUACAAUACCACGUGGAGCAUGGCUCUCGACUCUUGGCCAAUCUUGAAAGUGCCGAUAAUCCCCUACGAUCCUUGCUCAUUCCUCGAGCAAUCGCCUCCCCUAUCUUAAUGAAGGCGGUUUGUGCCGUAUCCGCCCUCCAUCUCGCAAACCGCUCAGCGGGUGCUAGCGCACAAACUGCGGCUGCUACCUUCUACGGCCGAACCCUCAGCGGAAUUCGAGCCGCAAUUGCCGAUAGCUCCACAGAUACUUUGUCUGACGAUGACAUGCUGGCCGUGGGUCUAUUGUGUAAAUACGAGGUUGUUCGUGGAAGUGUUAAGCAGUGGGUGGUUCACCUCAAUGCCCUACAGCGGCUGAUCGCUUCUCGCGGCGGACUGGCUGCGAUGGACCCAGACGCUGCCGGGUUUCUGCGAGGACUGUAUGUAUAUGCAUAUAAUAUGGCUCGGAUCAGCAAUCGCAAGCGCAUCACCUCCAGCGAGAACUUUUCUACAGAUACGCAUCUCGGCCCUCCCAGAUUGGACAUAUAUAUUGGAUAUACAGAAGACAUCUUGACUCUUUGCGCACGUAUUGCCGAGCUUCCAUCUUUACAAGAUGACAGCGUCUCUCUUCGACUGGCAAUUGCUUCUAUGUACGUGACUCUGAACUAUAAUAAUGAAACGUCAACUAACAAACAAUCCUUCCCUCCCAGAAAUGACUCCCUUCUCACCUGGUCCCACACAAACACCAACUACAUAAUUCCCCAAGGUCUCACAUCCGCUACUCUCAACCGCCUCCAACUUGUCGCAGAAUGCUUCCGCGACGCCGCAUUCAUCUACCUCCACUCAAUCCUCGAACGAAUGGCAAUGCAACCCACACCCACGAAAGACACAUUCGACCCCGAUGAAUGGACCUCUCUAAUUUCAAUUCCCAAAUCCACCGCCGUUGACCGAUGCCUUCUACGCAUCGAAUCCUUUCACCUGGAUGACCAUUGCGAAUACUCGGCACUUACAUUCCCCCUCUUCAUCUCCGGCUGCGAAAGCCACGACUUCGAGCACCGUGACCUCGUCGUGGAGUCACUCAGCAAGCUACAAAGCAACUUUGGCAUCGGGAAUACCAAGCGCGCAAAAGAUGUGUUGAAGCUCUUAUGGGCGCGAAGAGAUGCCUAUAACGAAGAUCCCUUCACCACAGGCGUCGAGAAGGUACAUUGGUUUGACGUUCUCGAAGAGUUGCAGUGGGAUCUGACCCUUGCAUAA